GAGGGAAACUGAGGGGGAAAAAAAAAAGGUUCUAGGCAGCCCGGCAUUAGUCAUUAGCGGGAUUACGGAUAACACCCUGUGUAAAUAAAGAGGAGAAAAUUUAUUUACCCAAAGGAAAUAUUGAGAGAGGCGAUCUUGAGAUAAGGAAUCAAUAUGAAGCUGAAAUGGGAGCAGAUUUUUCUUGGACUUUUGCUCGUAUUAACCGUGGUCUGUGCUGAAAAUGAUGAUAACGAAGCUGAGGUCGAUGCCUUGGAGAUGGAAGAAACUAGUACUGACAGUCAAACUAAGGAUAGUAAACCUACUACAGUUCAGGUAGCGUACAAGACACCAGUACCCAGUAAGGAGGUAUAUUUUGCUGAUACAUUCGAUCGUGGAAAUUUAGAUGGAUGGGUUUUUUCCAAAACAAAGAAAGAUGAUGCGGAUGAAGAUAUUGCAAAAUAUGAUGGAAAAUGGGCAGUUGAGGAAUUGAUGGAAAACACAGUGCCUGGUGACAAAGGUUUGGUGCUGAAGUCAAAAGCAAAGCACCAUGCAAUCUCAGCUCCACUGAAGAAACCAUUUUUGUUCAAAGCUGAACCUCUGAUUGUCCAGUAUGAAGUGAACUUCCAAGCUGGCAUUGACUGUGGUGGUGCAUACCUAAAGUUGCUUUCGCAUACGGACGACCUGAAGCUGGAAAACUUCUUCGACAAAACUCCUUACUCAAUCAUGUUUGGGCCAGAUAAAUGUGGUGAAGACUACAAACUGCACUUCAUCUUCCGACACAAGAACCCCAUAACUGGAGACUAUGAAGAAAAGCAUGCCAAACGCCCUGAUGUUGAUUUUAAAAAAUUUUUCACUGACAAGGUCACACAUUUGUACACUCUAGUGCUAAAUCCAGAUAACAGCUUUGAGAUGCUGAUUGACCAAACCAUUGUUAGUAAAGGGAAUUUGCUGGAAGAUAUGACUCCACCUGUUAAUCCACCCAAAGAAAUAGAUGAUCCUAAUGACCGUAAACCUGAAGAUUGGGAUGAAAGACCAAAAAUCUCUGACCCUGAUGCACAGAAGCCUGAAGACUGGGAUGAAGAUGCUCCAGCAAAGAUCGUUGAUCCGGAUGCUGUGAAACCAGAAGGCUGGCUGGAUGAUGAAGCAGAGUAUGUCCCUGAUCCCAGUGCAGAAAAACCAGAGGAUUGGGAUGAAGAAAUGGAUGGUGAGUGGGAAGCUCCCCAAAUUCCUAAUCCCAAGUGUGAAACUGCUCCUGGGUGUGGUGUUUGGGAACCACCUAUGAUGAACAACCCGAGCUAUAAAGGAAAAUGGAAACCACCUAUGAUAGAUAAUCCAAACUACCAGGGUGUAUGGAAUCCAAGGAAAAUUGCAAAUCCUAAUUAUUUUCAAGAUUUAGAACCUUACAGAAUGACUCCAAUCGUUGCUGUUGGUCUAGAACUGUGGUCCAUGUCUUCUGAUAUCUUGUUUGAUAACUUUAUCAUCUGUACUGAGAAGGAAGUAUCUGACCAGUGGGCAGCAGAUGGCUGGAGGUUGAAGAAAAUGGUAGCGACCGCAAAUGAGCCUGGUGUCUUGGGUCAGUUGACAAUUGCUGCAGAAGAGCGUCCCUGGCUUUGGAUUAUUUACAUCCUGACAGCUGUUUUACCUUUAGGGCUAAUUGUACUGUUCUGCUGGCCAAGCAAGAAAACUGAUGAUGCAGCUGCUUAUAAGAAAACAGAUGCUGUACAGCCUGAUGUCAGAGAAGAACUAAAUCAGGAAGAUGAGCAGGAAGACGUGAUUGAUGACAAGAAAGAAUGUAAUCUUGCAAAAGAAAAUGAGAAAGCAAGUGGAGAUGAUGAAAACAUUGGAGAAGGCAGUCAAGAAGAGGACGACGAUGAAGAGGAAGAUGAAGAGGGCAGUAAGUCAAAAUCAGCUUCAGAGGAUGAGAUGAAAGAAGCUGAUGAAGGUGCUGGCUCAGGUGACUGUCCUACAAAACUGAUCCGUAAGAAAAAAGUGAGAAAGGAGUAAAUGUUUUAAUAGUUAGUUAUUGAAUGGAGGCAUUCUCACUUUUUCCUGGUGGGCAUACCAUCCUCUGUACUUCCUGACAGCAUGUGGAUUACUCAGCUUGUGGCUGAGCUGAUAAAUCAACCUCUAUUCCAAGUACCUAUCUAAUCUUAGCCUCCAUACUGUUCUUCCCUGCUUCAUUUACAAGCCUCUUAGUCUUCCUGGCAAGAAAAAUAAAUCACUCUGAGGAUGUUGAUUUUUAACAUUAGGCAUAUCAAAGUAUGUCCUAACACCAAAUGACCAGUUGUGAAGGCAUCUUCUACUAUUGCAAGGAAAGUUGUAGCAAAUAUUUGGUAACUUCUGUGAAACAACUGUUAACCAGGGUAAAAAUACAAAUGUUAGAAGAUAAAAGCUAAUUACAGUUAUAUGGUGAUAUUUGCAUUGAAAGGGAAGAAGCAUUGGCAUAUUUAUGACACUGACUUUGAUAUUCUGUUCAAGUUUCUGCCCAGUAUGAGGAGGGAGGGUGAAAUCAGUGUGAUAAAACACAAUACUAAAGAUAAUUCCAAUGUACAUAUAUAAAUUAAUUGAAAUGAUGUACCUUUUAGCACAACUCCAGUUUUUUUUUCUCUCAUUGGUGCCAGUGUUUUCUUCCCUAAAUAGGUCUCUUAUCAGAUUGUAUUGUAGCAAAACAAAAAGAUGCACUGAAUUUCUUUGUACAUAUUGUUCAGGUACACAUAAAAGUUGUGUACUUUUUUUUGCCCUCUCCAAGUUUAGUACAAAUAGCUGUAUUGCAUUUUAGGUUUACCACCAACUUAAAACAUCUCAUGAUCUGCACUCCAUACUGUCAAAUUAACUGGGAGAAUUUUUCUCAUCCCUGAUGGGAUGUUUAUCGUGUGCGUGUGUGUUUGAUAAAUUGUAAUACAGUGCAGUGGCAUUCCUAAGUCAUCUUCUGUCUCAGUUUCAUUAUUAUGAAUGCAGAGGUGAAUGAUUUUACGAACCAAUUGGCUGCAAUUCAGGAGAUGAAUGGUGUGAAGUGUACUGAAUUUUCUGGUGUUUUAUAGUUUUAAUGUUACUCUGGGUUCGCAUAAUCCCUGUUUACACUGAUGUUUGCAAAAUGUACAAUUGCUCUUUGAAAUAAAUAUUUAAUAUAAUGGAA